UUAUUCUAUCCUUAUCGGCAGAUAAGUUGCCGUGCUGUUUGCUGUGGGUAUACAGCUGCUUGUAUAUAAAUCCGGAGAAGCCCUCAGCAGGAAGAGAAACAGCUACAUAUCAGGUUCAUCCUGCAGCCCCUCUGCUGAACAUCCCUUCCUCUUUACUAGAGCAGCUAGUAAUAAUGGCUCAGCUUUUGUUUUGCUUCCUGUUAACCUUUGCAGGACUGGGGCAAUUUCCAUCUGAAGCAACAGCAUCAGGAGCAUCGUUGUUCAACUGGAGGUUUCUGUCGGUCAAUGGUUUCUCCUGGUCCAACUGUGAUGGAGAAAGCCUUCCUGGAAAAAUCAAAAGCCUAUCUGUUAGUCCCGACCCUAUUAAUAUCCCAGGGGACCUGACUGUUUCUACAGUUCUUGAAACUAAAGUACCAUUGACUUCUCCAGUAAAGGUCAUCAUCACUGCCGAAAAGGAGCUAUUGGGUGAAUGGAUGAAGGUUCCCUGCAUUGACAACGUUGGGAGCUGCACCUAUGACAAUGUCUGUGAGCUGAUUGAUACCAUAUUUCCACCAGGGCAACAAUGUCCAGAGCCUCUGCGUACCUAUGGCCUUCCCUGCCACUGUCCCUUUAAAGAGGGUGUUUAUUCUCUCCCUGACACCACCUUGACUUUACCUGAUGUGGAUUUGCCAGCUUGGCUUGCCAAUGGUAAUUACCGUGUCACUGGAGUCCUAAUAGCAGACAACAAGGAGAUUGGCUGCGGCAAAUUCACAUUCUCCCUGGACUCCUCAUCCUGGUGGUUUUAAAGACAACUGGCACUUUUGUGGAGAAAAGAAAAAAAAA